AUGGUUGCAAGGUAUGAAUUGAUCCAAUAUCAAAUUAUGUCAUUAUCAACGUUUUCUAAUCUAUUUCUUGACGAUUUACCAAUCCAUCGAUUUUCUACAAAUGAUUUAAAUGUGUAUUUACAAGACAUCAUCAAUCAACUUUUACAUAUUAAAGAAUCUGAAGAUCCAGUAAAUGUUAAACUAUUCCUAUCAAAAUAUUUUGAACAUGUUAUAAAUGGGACACAUACUAUUCAUAGAGAAUUUAGAUAUAUAUCAGCUAUUCCCUAUAAUCGUAUAACAUUUUUAUUUAAUUUAUGGAACGCUUUCAUGCCACUGAAAGAUAAAGAUUUCACUAUUGAAGAAUUUUACACAAUUGUCCAAUUAUUUUGUUUCGAUUUUCCUGGUGAAGUACUCUCUCAUUGUCAAAAAACUUUGAAUAUAGUACACAACUCUACAAUAGUUUACCCUUACAAAGAUUUGUUUUGUGUAUUUCAAUUUCAUUUCUACUUUGAAGUUAUGUUUCAUCAAUUUGUAAAUGCUUUAAUUAGUGAACUUACUAAAACUGAGUCAGUUGUGUUGACUAAUAAACAAAAGGGUCAAUCCAAGUUAGUCGAUGAAUCAGACAUUUCCAGUGGAGACUGUAAAUGUUCACAUAAAUCAGUGGCAUCUGAAUGUUGUUUUAAGAUGAACAUAUUGGUUGACUUACCAAAUAAAUAUGUGGACUCAAUAAAAUUUCUUAAUUUUACACGUGGGUUGUAUAAAGAAUCAACUUUAUUAUUACCGCCGAAAUUAGUGAUGCAUAAAUGUGCUAAAACAUAUCUAUUUCACUCAGAAUUUAAUCUAUAUGGUUUAUUCACAUCUUUGGCAACAGAUCACUUAUUAAUAAAAGAGAUAGGGUUUCCUCAAGUCUAUGGUUCAUAA